CAGGAAGUGUUUACGGUACGCGCUGUAACUGAAUGUGGGAGUUUCGCCGCUCGAUUCACUCCAAUACACAUAGUGUGGGGUUUCUUUUUUUAGUUACUCUACACGUGAAAGGGGUUGACUUGUUCGUUAGAGAAAAACAAAGCGGAAGUGGCAAAAGUAGACAGUGGCAAGUAUGCAGACAGAGAAGGAGGACGAGGAUGAUGUCGAUUUGUCCAGUGAGGAGUACGUUGCCCGGUCCGAUUUCACUGCAAGUGGCACCGAUCAGCUUAGUUUCAGCAAAGGGGACAGACUGCUCGUGCACGCCAAGCCUUCCCCUGAGUGGUGGUGGGCAGAGCUGCAGGGGGUCAUAGGUUAUGUCCCUGCCAGCUACCUACGCCAGGAUGAUGCGGGGGGCGAGGAGGAGGAGGAGGAGGAUGUCUCAUUAGAAGAUCCGUGGCAAGAUGAAGAAUACUUCGGCAGUUAUGGGACACUGAGGCUUCACCUGGAAAUGCUGUCAGACAAGAGCCGCACUGAGACAUACCGGCAGGUGAUUCUCAGCAACAGUGGUUCCCUGAGCAACAAGGUGGUGAUGGACCUUGGCUGUGGGACCGGUAUCAUCAGCCUGUUCUGCGCUCAGCUGGCAAGCCCCUCAGUGGUGUAUGACGUGGAGGCGAGCUCCAUGGCAGAGUAUACCAGACAGCUGUUGAAGCAGAACGGCUGUGAGGAGGUGGUCACAGUGCUCCAGGGGCGCGAGGAGAUCGAGCUGCCUGAGCAGGUGGACAUCCUGGUUUCUGAGUGGAUGGGUAACUGCCUCCUGUUUGAGUUCAUGGUGGAAUCAGUUCUGCUGGCCAGGGACGCGCUCAGAGAUUGGUGGGGACGAUUGUGGCCCUUCCUCUGCGGCCCUCACCUUGUGCCAUGUCAGGCCGACAGUGAUUAUGCAGAGAAAAUGGCCUUCUGGGAGCGGCCCUAUGGCCUCGACUUCACUCCUCUUCAGCCUUUAGCACAGCAGGAGUUCUACCAGCCCAAGUUCAGUCACCUCAUUGAACCACGUGACUGCCUCGCUGCUCCCUGUGAUGUCAUCUGCCUCGACAUGUACACUUUGCAAGUGAGAGACCUCGAGGAAAUGAAGGGUCAGUUUCACUUUUGCGUGGAGAAGUCUGCAGUUUUCCAUGGAUUCACCGCCUGGUUCACAGUUUACUUUGAUAGUCUGGAGGCAGGAGGUGCAACAGUGGACCUAAACACCGGCCCUAACUCUGAGCCAACACACUGGAAGCAGACUUUGUUCAUGCUAGACAGGCCGGUCACUGUAUGCACAGGAGAUUCCAUCAGUGGAACCAUUGUUCUCCACAGAAACCCUGUUUGGAGACGCCACAUGACCGUUACCCUACACUGGAACAUUAAUGGCAGCACAGACGAUCCAGACAACAGCCAGGGUGGAACAAAGAGUUUCCCCAUGUGGAGGUGACACGUACAUUUUCCCAUCACCAUUCGAGAUCUAUAGAAAAAUAACAUUAAACUGUUCAGCUUUGAGAAUGCUCCUGAACUUAAGUGUUGCUCACAUGUUACAAUGAAUGUGCCAGUUAGAGGAAUGCCAUCCGGAUAGACAGCUAUCAUAGCGAUGAGCCUGAUGGCUGCAGUCAGGUGUCACAGCCUUAAGAGCAUGAUGACUGCUCGAUGGUGUUAGUUGGAAAAGCUGGUUUAUGUAACAUGUAAGGUAUGUAAGAUGUUGCUGUGUUGAGGCGCAACAAAAGAAGAGGUUGAAGACAUUACACUAUAUAUGUAUUUUUUUUAUUUUUCUUCAG